UUACCAAGAUCCCGGAAGUACGUCACAGUUCAGAGGUCACUAGGAACUGUCAUGGCUGCGCUGUGUUGGAGCCGUGCGGCGAUUGCCCAGGGCCGAUUCUUGCAGCUUCAUCUCUCAACCCGUCGAUGUCACAAUGUCGGUACCAGCACGGAGACUGAGAGCGGGAAUUCUUCUCCAAAGGAGCCGGGAAAACGGCUGGGAGGCUUUGCGAGCGCUUUGGAGCGCCACUCGAAGUUACAGAAGGAGGCGGAGCCCCAGCCGAACUCUCCAAAGAAUGAGAAUUCUUUUGCAUCUCUGCUGAGACAUUCUCCUCUAAUUCAGAUGGGACCUGCCAAAGAUAAAAUCGUCUUUGGACAAAUCUUCCAUGUUGUGGAAAAUGACCUUUAUAUAGAUUUUGGCGGCAAAUUUCAUUGUGUAUGCAAAAGACCAGAAUCAGAUGGAGAAAAAUAUCAGAAAGGAACCAGAGUACGUCUACGACUGCUGGAUCUUGAACUCACAUCCAGAUUCCUGGGAGCAAAAACAGAUACAACUUUACUUGAAGCUGAUGCUGUGCUCUUGGGAAUACAGGAUAGUAGAGACACAAAGUCAAAGGAAGAGAGUUCAAAAAACAAAUAAACUUUGGUGAUUUCAAGGUUUUAGACACCAUUUAUUAAACUCAGAUGUUCAAAUGUGUAACACGUCCAAUCCAUUGUAAAUGAAGAAAUGAAUUUGACAGAAAUCUCAAUAAAUAAAAGACUUAAAUGCAACCACUCAUCAACAUGUUUUUCCUCUUCAACUUUUUCCUUUUAACUACUCUUCUUUAUAGUGAUACUAAUAAAAACAAAACCAAAAA